GGCUCGGCGCGCAUGCGCAGUCCCUUCCCCGCACAUGCUGGACGCUGCUCAUCCAGAAAGCGGCGGUCGUGGUGGUGGUUCACCUGGGCGGCGGUGUCCUUGGAUCAGGAGCAUUGACUGUUAACUUCAGUGGUCUCAGUAGACAUGGAAGAAUUGCAAGAUGUCCAGUUGACAGAAAUCAAACCACUUCUGAAUGAUAAGAAUUCAGCUCGGAAUUUUCAGGACUUUGACUGUCAGGAACAUGAUAUUGAGACAGCUUGUGGAGUUGUUCAUGUCACUAUGCGGGGCACAUCAAAGGGAAAUAGGCCUGUCAUCCUCACAUACCAUGAUAUUGGCCUCAACCAUAAAUCCUGUUUCAAUGCUUUCUUUAACUUUGAAGAUAUGCAAGAAAUCACUCAACACUUUGCUGUAUGCCAUGUUGAUGCACCAGGACAACAAGAGGGAGCUCCCCCUUUCCCUUCUGGGUACCAGUAUCCCACCAUUGAUGAACUUGCUGAAAUGCUUCCCGCUGUUCUUACACACCUCAGCCUGAAAAGUAUAAUUGGUAUUGGAGUUGGAGCUGGUGCUUAUAUCCUUAGCAGGUUUGCUUUAAACCACCCUGACUUAGUUGAAGGCUUGGUGCUUAUUAACAUCGACCCAUGUGCAAAAGGUUGGAUUGACUGGGCAGCAUCUAAGUUUUCAGGAUGGACAUCCAACAUUGUGGACAUUGUUCUGGCACACCAUUUUGGUCAUGAAGAACUGCAAGCUAAUCUGGACCUGAUUCAGACAUACAGACUUCAUAUUGCACAAGACAUCAAUCAGGAAAAUCUUCAGCUCUUUGUCACUGCCUAUAACAGCCGCAGAGACCUGGACAUUGAGAGGCCAGUCCUGGGUGUGAAUGGAGAGGCAGCAAAAACACUCAAGUGCCCUGUCUUAUUAGUGGUUGGAGACAGCUCACCUGCUGUUGAAGCUGUGGUUGAAUGUAAUUCACGGCUGGAUCCAAUGAAUACGACACUCUUGAAGAUGGCAGAUUGUGGAGGACUUCCACAGGUUGUGCAGCCUGGGAAACUGACUGAAGCCUUCAAGUACUUUGUGCAAGGAAUGGGCUACAUCCCUUAUGUGCAGCUCAGUCAUCUGAGCACUGAGUCAGUGCCAUCUGCUAGCAUGACCAGACUGAUCCGUUCCCGGACCCAGUCAUCUUCGAGCGUGGGCUCUGGAGAAAGCAGCCAUACACGGUCUCAGAGCAGCAACCACGGAGAGGCAAAACAUGGCAUGCCUGAACCCGCUGGUGCCCAUGGCACCCCUCAGACAAUGGAGGUUUCCUGCUAAGCAACCUUGUGCAUCCAGACAAUCCCUUUCUUUCCUUCUGAACCCACCCAGAAUCCAGUGUUCACCCAGACAAGUGGCAUUAGCAGGUCUUUUUCUUCCUAAUUGUGCCUGCCCCUCCUACCUGCCACCUGUCCCCCCCCCCCCUUUCUGUCUUUCUGGCAUUACCUUUGGUUCUCUUUGUAUAGGCUGCAUAAACACAAGAUGCAUAGAGACAUUCUUGAAAACAGGCAAGGGGGGUUGUUUUGCUGCAGGCUGAGGUCUGCACCCCCUACCCAGCGGCCUUUGCUCUUUUAUUGACCACAGGUACAUGCACUGGAUCAACAGUUGCCUCUCUGCUCUCCCCAGGCCCCCUGCUCCGCUGGCUUCAGGCAGGCUAUCCAGUUUGCUUUUAUACCUCCCCUUAUUGCUUUCUUGUACCUUCAUCUUUAUCUGCUUGGACCCUUUGGUAUUUCUGAAAAUAUUUUUUGUUCCUUUGUGUAUUACUCUUCAAAACUAAUAAAAAAACAAAAGAGGCAA